AUGUCAAUUGGAGUACAGUCUGGAAGUGAGGCCCCUUCUCAGGAACAACCCAUCGACGGAUACGGGUCCCUCGGUGGAUUCCAGCUUAAGCCCGCGUCUCCCUCGUACUUCACCACGAACCCAGUCUAUAACGAACUGAUUGUCAACCUCGACUACACAUACCGUCAGUAUCGACCCAUCACUAAACCUUUCAAGCAAGCACUGCGUCCCAACUGGCUCGGAAAGGAGGCUCUCAGAACGGCAGUCGGCGUGGAUGCGUUGAAGACAUCGCAAUACCGACUCAUUGUCUCCAAACUGAACCAGCUCGCGACCCUCACUCCACGACCUGCACCAGUCGAAGCCCUCUUCAACCAAUUCUCAAAGACUGAGGAACAGAUGGCCCAAAAAGCCAAACCACGCGUCGUCGAUCACCUUGGACGAGCAUUGGCGACUGGACGUAGAAAGGAGGCCAGUGCCAGUGUCUAUGUUGUCGAGGGGGACGGAAAGAUGCUGAUAAAUGGACAGGAGGCAGCCAGCUACUUUAAAAAGAUUCAGGAUCGUGAAUCAUUGCUGAAACCCUUCGAAGUGACUAGCCUGCUCGGGAAAUACAAUGUCUGGGCAUUAGUCAAGGGUGGUGGUACCACUGGUCAAGCUGAAGCCAUCUCUCUUGGAAUCGCAAAGGCACUGAUGACACAUUCCCCAGAACUGAAGCCUACAUUGAGAAAGGCUGGAUGUAUUACGCGCGAUAUGCGUGUUGUGGAACGUAAGAAGCCCGGCCAAUACGGAGCAAGGAAAAAGUUCCAGUGGGUCAAGCGUUAA